UGACGGGUCAGGAAUCCCUCGCUCUCUCCUCAGUUCUGGGUUUUUCGGGCGGUCCAACAACGCGGAAGCAGCGAGGAUUUUUCUCCUCGGGAUUUCCAGGCUCUCCGGCUAUAAAACGCGAUGCGCGGCGAAGCUGGGGAGAUCGGAUCGGCGGAUGCAGCGAGGAGAGCGGCUCGGAAACCAGGGGGCGAUGUGGGCCGUGCAGCUUCUCAUGAUCGUAUCCAUGUGGGUGAGUCUCGGACAGACGGGCCGGCCGAGACGAGAGGGUCGCAAUCAGUGUUUCGCCGCUGAGGAGCUGGAUGUCCCGGGCAAAGUGUUGCAGAAACUGCUGCGCAGGGCCAACGCGGGACACUUGCUCUCUGUCAACCUAGUGGAACAGCUGGAGCGGCAGCAGGUGCGGCAGGGACAUUGCCCCAAGAUGGGGCACCAGUCAAUUCACAACCCCAAAAUCAGACACCGCUCCAUCUCCCCCUGGGAGUACAGAAUUGACUACGACGAGAACCGCUACCCCUCGAAGCUGGCCUUCGCUCGCUGCCUAUGUGACGGCUGCAUCGACGCCGAGAGCGGCGAGGAGACGCUGGCUCUGAACUCGGUGCCCCUCAAACAGAGCAUGUUGGUUCUGCAGAGGCAAGCGUGCGCGGGGCGAGACGAUCGCUACAGCUUGGAGCUGAAGUACAUUCAAGUGCCGGUGGGCUGCACCUGCGUCCUGCCCCGGAGCCACUAGCCCCGUCCGGCGGCUUACUCGGCCGGCUUCUUCAGGGGCCUGACAGCGCCGGCCGGCCGGCCGCAGUUUCUGCUCGACGGGUCCCGGGUCCACCGCGCAGAGCAACCACCUCCCAAGUCAGUCCCCGGCCGCUCGACCCACCGUGGCUGUGCUGUACACCAAGCCUUAUCCGGGAUGUUGGCUGGAUUGUGUGGGGCGAGUUUGUACAGGGGGAGUGGCGUGGCUGCGGUUGUUCUGCAUGACGGCACCGUCCUGUGCUGAAUACCUGUGUAUUGGCAUCCUGUAGUCAUUGUGUGACUGCGCGUUAUCUCACGUGUUUAUUACCGAGUUUUAUUCGCGUUAACUUACUCCACCUUCUCUCUGUAACCGGGCAAAACGUUUGUGUCCCAACGGACAAUUUAUAUUUAUGAUCAUAGUGUCGUCACACAGACCCUCGGCCCGUCGAGGCGCUGCUGUCGUCUCGUUUGAUUCGCGUCCUGUCCGCGGCCGCGGUCCGAGGACUUCCUGUGUCUGUCUGUGACUUUAUUCCCGUUGUUAUACUUUACAUUAAAGUAUUGAGCCGAGAUUAGUCUCGGGGCUUAAUCCGUGAGGGUGGCGGUAUUACUGACUGUGACCAAUAUCAGAUAUUGGGAUAUUCCAUCCAUGGCCCUGGAAUUCAGGGUGUUUCCAGACAGGGAUGUAGCCGGUGCUGCAGAAAUGUGGCCGUUCUGUCUCCCUGUGACACGUUCCCGGCGAGGAGGAGGUGGACCUUGCUUUAGAGCGGGGGAUCCCUACCCACCGCCACGACCCCUGGUGCCUCUCUCCCCUUAGCAGGGACAUGGAGAGGGGCAGGAGUAACAGGGUGAAUCGCGGCUUGGGGAUAUCCAAUGCCGAACAGGGAACAUCGCAGCCGUGGGGUCCAAUUCCAGACCAGCGAAUUACUUUGUGUGGGGGGAAUUCCUGCCUCCCUAACGUAUUUUUAUAUAUUUAACGAGAUAAUUAAGAUUUAUUUAUAUAAGUUAUAUAUUCAGAUUCUAUUUAUAGAUAUAUAAAGGUCGCCUAACAGGAUUUUAAUAAAAAUAUUGACAAAGUCCCGCAUAAUUGACU